AUGGGGAAACUUAGAGAUCCAGGUUGUGAUAAAACCCAAAAACCCACCAAACCCAAGAAAAAUCCCAUCAAAAUAAGAUAUAUUUCGAGUCCAGUGAUGGUUAAAGCAUGCAAUGAAGCAGAGUUUCGGGCAGUCGUUCAACAACUCACUGGCCAGAACUCUGAUAUCAGAGAGCAUCGCUCAAUUACCGAGGAAGCAAAUCAAGUUCGUGAUAUUCCCAAUUUUCAAGCCGAUUCGCUUGCAAAGAUCGAUGAUACGAAUACAUUUCCGUAUGAUAUGUCUUCACUGGAACUGUUCGAUGAAAGCUUUGUUUGGAGAGGUGUUGCAGAGAAUUUGGUUGGAUUUCAAUCUCCUUCCAUUUUUGUAUGA